AUGGGCCCCUUCCCCCAUCGAAGCCCCCCCCCCCGUCGCCCCAAACCCCCCAAACGUCCGCGUCGUCGCCGCGAUCCCAACGAGCCGCAGAAGCCGCUGUCGGCCUACGCGCUGUUCUUCCGCGACACCCAGGCGGCCAUUAAAGGACAAAACCCCAGCGCCACCUUCGGGGAGGUGUCCAAAAUCGUGGCCUCCAUGUGGGAUAGUUUGGGAGAGGAGCAGAAACAGGUGUACAAGAGGAAAACAGAAGCUGCCAAGAAGGAAUAUCUGAAAGCUCUGGCUGCAUACCGGGCCAUACAGUGCCUGCACGCGCACUCGUGCUGCGAGUACUCGCUGUCCCACUCGCUGUUCUCAAUGGAGCCUUCACCCCACCCGGGACACAACGAGUCGGGGAGGGAUUCGGGGGCCGGGGAUUCGCCACUUUAA